UUCCCAAAAAUUUUUUUCAAUUUCGAACGGAACGGGUGUGUUUUUGCGCGUGUGUGCGGGCGGACGCGCGUGCCAAUCGGAAAACCAAAAACCACAGCCUGAGAAUUCAAUGUGUUUUUCGCGAAAAGCUGAAAAGAAGGUGUGUGUGUUUGCAUGUGUAAGUGUGUGUGUUUCGAGUGUGCGGCAAUGAGCCGGAGAAAGCCAGCUUAUAAAUAAAGAUCGCCGAGAGAACGAGCCGAACCGAAAUAAAUCGCAAAACGCUGUGCAGGAGUAGCAACAACAACAACAACAGACAGCAUCGAAAGCUGAUGAAAAACAAGUAUAUCUGUACGGGAAUUUGAAGUUCUAUAACCCCGACUCUUUGCCUACAAUUAAGAAGCAAUUAGCAGUAUAAACCAGCUACAACAUGCGUUUUGAGCCCUUGGGCCAGAAAAUGUUCACCCGCCGAAACUGGCUGCUGCGAUGCAGCAUCCUCAUCAACGUGGCGGUAAUCUUGUAUAUAGGCAGCCAAUUAAUGAUUGGCGGUGGCAAUAACUUUACAAACGGCGGAGGAUUCAUGCUGCAGGAUCAACAGCCAGUGCAGGCGAUGCUGCAGGUGAAUGGAGCCCUAGCGGCGUCACAGGUGCAGCAACAGUCGCAGGCGCAACAACAGCCGACGCCCAAGAAUCCUUCAAAUCAGGUGGGCGAAACCUUCGAAUCGGAGGAGAAGCUGCAGGUCAAUGCCGUCGACUCUCCAGCGGCUGCUGUAGGGGCGGCGGCUGCAGCUGCUCAAGCUCCUGAUGCCGCCGCCGCAGCUCCACCAGCCGUGGCCAAUGAGAGUGGCAACGGUGGCAGUGAUCCCUCUCAGGUCAUUGGCAACAUUGGUGCCGGCGGCAUAGGCCUUCCAGCCGAGGUGAACAACACCCAAGCGGAGGGAUACAUAGUCACCGGUGACGAAAAGGAGCUAGAGGAGCGAGUGCGUUCGCUAAUAAACUGCUUCGACCAUGACUAUCACCAGCAGACGCUGCAACGCGGCGACUUCUGGGUGCUCCAGAACUAUGUCCGAGCAGAGCAUGGUGAAAUCAAGUGCCACGAAUCCAUUACGUACACAACGCAUGCGGAUUACACCUUUCUGGACAAUCUAGUGCCGCUGCUAGAGCGCUGGAAUGCCCCCGUAAGCAUUGCCAUGCAUGCUCCGGGCACGGAUUUCCAACCCACAUUGGACUCCAUCCGUUACCUGCGUGAAUGCCUUCCCGGCAGCCACCUGGUUAGGGCCUAUACCACCUUCCACAUCUACUUUGGCACCAAGCACAUACCCAAAUCGGUGCCCAAGCCUCACGAUGUCUUCAAAACCGGCUAUAAUUGCUCCCUGCCGGCUCCGUACUUUAAUGUCAGCUCGGGUCACCUGUACAAGGCGCAGAAGAAGCUGCUGUAUCCAGUCAAUGUGGGACGCAACAUAGCUCGCGAUGCGGCGCUAACCCACUUUAUACUGGCCUCCGACAUUGAGCUGUAUCCCAAUCCGGGUUUGGUCAAGAAAUUCCUGGAGAUGAUAGCCCGCAAUGAGCAGUAUUUGCGACGCAAGGCGCCCAGAGUAUUUCCUUUGGCCAUCUUCGAGGUGGAGGAGAACUCACCUGUGCCGCAUGACAAAACCGAGCUGCAGGAGUUCCUGCGCAGCGGCAAGGCCAUACCCUUUCACAAGCGAGUCUGUGCCAGCUGCCAUGGAGUGCCCAAGUCCAAGGAAUGGAUGUCUGCCAAUGAAACGGACGAGCUGAGCGUGUUUCACAUAGGCAAGCGAACGGGUUACUAUGUCCACUGGGAGCCCAUCUAUAUUGGCACACAUGCAGAUCCGCAUUACGAUGAGCGGCUCAGUUGGGAGGGCAAAAGCGACAAGAUGCCACAGGGCUAUGCUCUGUGCGUUUUGGACUACGAGUUCCAUAUACUGGACAAUGCCUUCCUCGUGCACAAGCCUGGCAUCAAAGUGCUGAAAAAGGACAACCGGCGGGCCAUGCUCUCGGGGAAAACGAAUCAACUGAUACGAAAGAUCAUCUAUCCGGAGCUUAAGAUCAUGUACGGCAUGCGCAAGGGCUGUGCGAUAUAGUAACUAAUUCUGAGACCGAGCUGAGCUCAGCCAUAUGACUUGGACUUGGCGCAGGCGAAAAGACUACAACCAACAACACUAUUACUAUUUGCAAUGCUAUAGAUCGAAGGGAACACCUCAAUGGCAUUGGAUGCGCACUGCAAGUGUGUGUGUUUUACGAUUAGCUAAAGAUAGAGGGAGAGUUAGCUUAGCCCUAGGUUUAAAUAGAGCCUUACGUAGCUAGUUAGGCUUAGCGCGAUAGCGAUCAGGUUAUGAGUGUGUGUGACGUCGUCAGGUAGACCUGCUGUUGGUCAGGAUAUUCCCAUUGACGUAGUUAGAAGAGGAGGCUUUCUCCAACUCAAGAUGGAAACUACUUCCAAAAGCUUCCUGUAAAUAUUAUAUACAUCAAACACACAAAUGAUUUUGACAACUUGAAGUCACUACUUCCCUUCCUCUGCUCUCGGCUCUCGAGUGUAGAGCCGAGUUUCCACUACUCAUAGGCAGUCAUUAUCAGUUACUUUUAGUCCUAGCCAUUAAAUUAAGUUUAUCGUUUAGUUAGCUGAAUUCUCUUUCCAUACACAUCCAUUCACGAGAGUUGAAUCUGUUGGUUUUUAUAUGCUUUUGCUUAUCGAAAUACUCAAACCGAGUCUAACCAUUUUUAAUGUGUUUUCAUAUUUGCCAUAGUUUAAAACACACACACACUCCUUUCCUUGGGCAAUGUAGACUUACUGCAGAGACCAAAACGUAGACUAGACCUUUUUGCCGGGCCAAAUCAACAAGUUUCGACUUGGGGGGGAAGCGCGUUGAAUUGCUACGUAUUACAUAGACUUUGAGAGUUAAAUCGUAAUAGAGUUAAUGAUACAAUUAGAAGGCUAAAGACAUGUUUCAACCGACAACAACAACAAACCACAAUUAAUAUUACAAUUUUUACACACACAACACUCUGAGAAUUGAUUUGUUCAGGCAAAGCAAUUAUGGCAAAUGAAACUUGCGAUUUCGAUGAAACUAAAAAACAGGAGACGCAAGUAAACCGUGAUAUUUGUACUAGUAAAGCGAAGGCAGAGUUUGGAGAUGUUAAACCUAAUUAGUAAGGAGUAAGAGGCAGAGACCCGUAUGCAUUAAACCUAACCGUAACAUUAGUUUUGUAUAUGUUUUUUAUUAGUGUUAUUGGAUAUUAAGUCAGACUUGUGCACAUAUAAAUGUUAAAAACAUAUUUGUGAAAUCGAAUCCGCGAUUCGGUUCCGAGGAGUGAAAUGCUGAAGGUUUUUGUUGAGUAGGCCUUAUCGAUAUAUAAAUAUAUAUAUAGUAUGAGCGUAGUGUUUAAGCGAGUUUUAGGAAUAGUACUUAGCUGAGAAACAGCAGAUUUUGCGUAUGUUGUUGAACAUUAAACACACAAACAGAAACACAAAACAAAAAUUGACUUGGGAACAACAUGCAACACAGCAAUUGGUGUAUUUGUAUUUAUUUGUCAUGGGGUUUGGUUUAGCUAGAAACCCCCCUUUCGGCUGAUCCAACUCUUAGUUAGUUUUAUUCGCUCAACAAAUUUACGUAGAACCUUGACUUUAUACUUUCACCUAGUAAGACUUAAAUAUCACUAAACCUAAACCUAAAAUAAAGUUGUUACAGCAGAGUAGCCAAGAGCAGGAAUAACAAAAACACGAAUAGAAUAAACAAUUUGAAGUACAUUUGUAUGAAUUAUAAAGUGUAAAAGUGCCUUAGACAAAACGAAGAAUAUGGAAUAUGAUAUAUGUAUUAUGAAAUAUAAAAUAUGAGAAUUGAAAUAUUUAUAUGAACCCCAGCUGGAUCCCGAGUUUCCCUUUUUCAAAUUGGCAACGUCGUUUUGUGUUUGCAAGAGAGCAUAUUUUUGUAUGUACAUAAACGGAACGGAAUAAUGUAUUAAACUAUAUAUUUGUACAUAGAUAGUAAAUCAAAGUGGUUUAUUUUUUAUAUAUAUACCUAUCUUCGAGUCGCUGUCAGUUGAAGUAUUUGUAUUCCUACUUAAAGAGUCUUCUUAAUGAUGAGGAUGCCCAGCCUGCCAAUUGUUUAAUUCCUUUUAGUUCUUAGUCCUUAGUUUAUCCUUUGUCUUUGAUCGCAGCAUUUCGACAUAUAUGGUAGAUAUAUAUAAAUAUAUAUUUUUCAAAUACGAAAAUACGCAUACAUAUGUCUAUAGAUAUAUACGUACAUGUAUGUAUAUUUUUUGUAAGAGUUAAGUGCAAAUCUGCUGAGCAUGGACUACUAGCUAAAAUCUAAGGAAAAGCUACACAAACACAAAAAGAAAUAAUAAAUUAAAAACGAAGA